AUGGUUGCGACCUUCUCACCUCACCGGGACUCCGGAGGGACCCUUCAUCUCUCAUCUCACUCGCCCCUCCACCACGUCGAUGCCAGUUCCGCGAUCAGGCAGCUUCGGCGCUCCUUGUCGCGCUCGCCUUCCAAGAGCUCGAACUUCUUCCUCAACUCACGCACUCACUCACCAUCAAAGUCCGCCACAUACGUUGCUUCGCCUCUAUCACCCUCCCGACGAUCCUCACAUAACAACUUUGUACUCUUCCCCUCCACUGGCCAACAGUCACCUCUCGCAGUCCCGUAUCCUCCAAGCGCAAAGAUCACUCGGCCGGUUAUGCGACGACGAACUUCUCCUCGCAGUCCAGCCAAAUGCGCGCUUGCCAUCUCCGCUGAUGGAGGUAACGCGGUUUCAUCUCAACCUAUUGCGAUUGCGCCAGGUGAGGAAAACGCGUUGACUCUGGACGACUUGGCCGAUCCAAGUGAGAGCAACUCUUGCGCCAAUCCUUCUCUUAGCACCACCCCGACUGCCCCGCUCCCCGAAUCAACAUUUGCACCCCGCACUACCUUGUCGCGUAUUGAGAAGCGUCGCAGUGGUACCUUUGGUUCCUUUGCGACGGUAAGUCCCUUGAAGCGUAGUGACGGCAUCAUGAAUCUGGACCAGGCCUCUCGAGGCAGUCCCUCGGCAAAACGACGCAGUGUUCAUGCCUCGAACUUUGCGACGGAAUUUAGGAUCUUCGACCAUGAGAGUGAGACUGCGCCUGCCAGUCCCACUGGAUAUGGCGAUGAAGCUACCUCUUACUUCCCGACUCCAACUCAACCUCUGAAUCCUUUCGCUACCAUCCCUAAACGAUCUUCCUCCCUUCGUCGUUCUACUCUCCAGCAGCGUCAAGUAGAGCGUCCUCUCUUUGGCCGACCUAGAGGCUUGGGUGACUCCGAAGCCUCACCUGGCACUCCACUCGCAGUUCGACCUCGCAUGUCCUUUGAGAGUGGUCUUUUCCAGUCGAGUCAAGAAUCUUCAUCCCUCUUUUCUCCUCGCCCUCCUCCUGCCAGUCCUUUGUUUUCACCUACCCCUCCCUCUCUCAACACGACAACAAACUUUGGAACUUCUCAACCCCCUCGACCUACUGCCCACCCUCUCUCUCGCACCAUCACUCAGUCUUCUUCCGGGUCGAGCCUGGAAGACUCGCCCACUCACGAACACGUUCAGAAACCUGAACGAGCCCCGCGACCCAUCAUGAACUUUUCCAAGUCACUCCCAGCUGGUGCCACGCGCCCUGCGCCUGUGCGCCGGGUGACGCGCGAAGAGGCUAGCGCCAACGAGUCCUUCGCGACACCGGAGAACUACAAGCUGGUCAAGCCUUUGCCCGCUGCGUUCAUGUCCACUGGGCUGAUCUCCAAGAAGAACCGCAACGCAGAUGACGUGAACGGUGGUGCUUUCAACAAGAACAUGCCAGACACCCCGUGUAAGCGUCCUGUAAAUCUGUUCGCGGCAGACUCUCCCAUCCCUGAGGGGUUCUUCAACAAGUCGCAAUUUGGUCGACAACCCGAGGCAGUUUCCGCGUCUCCAUUCAACCCCCCUGGCUCGUCUGCUCGCCCCAAGCCCGGUCCGUUUGCCCGUGGUAUGGGUAUCUUUGGUGAGAGUUUUAAGCGUCCCGAAGCGUCGCGUCGCGGAAGCAUUGUGAGCGUGGAUGGUGACGACAUGCUGCAAGCUCAGUCCCCCUCAUCGCGUCACGACAGUCACCCCAUGACUGAUUCCGAUCUCCCUCCGACUCCUACCAAGCAAACAUUCCUCCCCUCUCGCACUUAUCCCCCCGCCACCUCUCAGAUCGCCUCUCUGGAGCGUCUAUCUGAAUCGAGGGGCAGCGCCACUUCCACUCCCCUGCGUGAUCGAUUCUUGCAGGCCUCGACUACUCCUCGCACGCCUCGCGAUCAGUACUUCCCUCCCGACCCCAGUGGCUUGUCCAUCUCCGCGCCGAAUGACCCGCAGCCUGUCGAACCCGAGUUCGGUAGCAGCAUCAACCUUCCCGCUACCCCGACUGGUCCUCGCGAGUCAUUCCUUUCAAGCAAGCGACCCAGCCUCCAGGUCAGUGGGUAUCAGGCUCCCGAUGUGGACAGCAGCUUGACUUCCCGCUUUGGAAAGGUUGAGCUCGUUGGUACUGGAGAAUUCUCCCAGGUCUUCCGCGUUGCUGAGCCACCGAACACGUCUUUCUCCUCUGUGUUCUCUCUUCCGUCCAACGGGCGCCAGUCACCGACCGACGUGGCCCGCCAGGUUUGGGCUGUGAAGAAGAGCAGGCUGCCCUACACGGGAUUGAAGGAUCGUGAGCGUCGCAUUCGCGAGGUCGAUAUACUGAAGGAGCUGGUCAACUCGGACCAUGUCGUUAACUUUAUCGAUAGCUGGGAGGAACACCGCCAUCUGUACAUUCAGACGGAGUAUUGCGAGGAGGGUAGCCUGGAUGUCUUCCUGGCCCAGGCCGGCCUGAAGGCGCGCAUCGAUGACUUCCGUAUCUGGAAGAUCCUUCUCGAGCUCGCUUUGGGAUUGAAGCAUAUCCACGACAAGGGCUUUAUCCAUCUCGACCUGAAGCCUGCCAACGUUUUGGUCACCUUCGAAGGUGUUCUCAAGAUUGCUGACUUUGGUAUGGCCACUCGCUGGCCUGCUGAGAGAGGCUUUGAAGGCGAGGGCGAUCGCGAAUACAUUGGCCCCGAGAUCCUGAUGGGUUGCUUCGACAAGCCUGCCGAUGUCUUCUCCCUUGGCCUGAUCAUGUUUGAGAUCGCCGGUAAUGUGGAGCUUCCCGACAAUGGAGUGUCUUGGCAGAAGCUUCGCAAUGGUGAUAUGAGCGAUGUGCCCAGUCUGACUUGGAGCUCGGAAACUAGCAUCUUCCGCGAUGCCUCUGGCAACCCCAUCUCUGAGGAGCCGUCCUUCGAAGAGCUUUGUGCAUCUGAUCUCGGUGGUCACGACUUUGAUGGCGAUUUCCUGGCUGGCCGUAAAACCAGCUCGCAUAGGCCAUCCAGAGCCGCUCGUAGCGGCGAGCUUAUCCACCCUCCCGUCUUCAUGAUCGAUGCUCGCCAUAACCAAGCUUUGGACCGGAUCGUUCGCUGGAUGAUAUCCCCCGAUCCUGUUGAUCGACCUACUGCCGAUCAGAUUCUGGAAACCUACGGUGUGCAAUUCGUGAACCGUCGCCGUCGCGCCGGUGCCACCGUUUUUGAGGGCAACUGGGGGCCCGCUGACGAGAUCUUGGCCGAAGAUGCCGAGAUGAUCGAUGUGUAA